AUGUCUAAUGGUAAUGAUAAUAUGAAGAAGACAGCAACUGUCUUUUCUGGACUAGUUUUUUCAUUUCCACUUCGUCUCGUUAUAACAGGUGCCAGUUAUGCAGUAGUAAGGUUCAAACUCCCGCCAAGUGAAAUUGGACCAUUUAUUAGCAUAUUAAGUAACUCUAUGCAAAUCACAUUCAUUCUUGGUAUUUUAUCAAUAAAUAUACUAAUAUGGUGUAAAGUACAGGGUAAUAUUAUUAGGUAUAUAUCUAUCAUUAUUAACUGGUUAUAUUUGAUUAUUCAUUUAACAAUGUUAAUAAUGAUUUACAGUAGUGAUGAUAUUAAGGGUAAUUUGAGUGCAUAUUACUGGGCGAUGAUGAUAGCAGGUUAUUUAAGUGGAGCAUCUGGUACAUGUGUGUUAAGUGUGAAUGGAGAGUAUGCCACAAUCUUCACAACCACAGUUCCUCUAUCUGGAAUGUUAAUGUCAGGAUGUAAUUGGAUAAUAUUGAAGCGUAUAAGUGCAAUAUCAGAUUAUGAAACAAGUUACAGGAUUAUUAAUUAUCAAAUAAUAAUAUAUAUAAUAAUGAUAUUGAUAACAUCAAUUUUAUGGACAAUAUUAUUUAAUGUGAAUGCAGAUACUAAUGAUAGUACAACAGGUAAUACUACAAUCGUUACCAUGGCAUCUAUAUUUGGAAUUUUUGUAUCAGUAUGUCAUUGGAUAAUAUUAAAGUAUGAAAAUGGAUUAUUAAAAUAUGAAACAAGUUACAAGAUUAUUAAUUAUCAAAUAAUAAUAUACAUAAUAAUGAUAUUGAUAACAUCGAUUAUAUGGUUAUUAGGAUUUAAUGGUAAUGCUGCAAGUGCUGCUAAACUUGUUGCUACUAGAACUGAUAGUAGUGGAGACAUUGAAUCUGGUACAGGUGGAGGUUUUAAAUCUAGUGGAUCUGGUGGAACAGGUAGUGAAGCUGGUGGUUCUGGCACUGGAUCUAGUGUAACUACUCCAAGUGUUAAAUCUAGUGGAUCUAGUAGUCCUAGUUCUACUAGUUCUUCCAGUUCUAGUACUGAAGUUCCAUCUAGUACAACUUCUGAAUCUGGUGGAGAAGUUGGAGCUGAUAGUCCUGAUACUAGUUCUGGUAAUUCUGGUAAUCCUACUACUCCUACUACUACUACUACUACUAGUUCUAGUACUUCUACUGGAUCUAGUGGAUCUACUCCAACUAUUGAACCUAGUAAUACCAUUGAAAUAACUAUAUCGGGUAGUACAAUUAAUGCUACUAAAGAUGCUAGUGAAUUUUCUAAUGGUAAAUAUAAAUACAGCAUAACUGAUGCAGAUCAACAAAAAGAAUUAUUAGAUCCAAAAACAAUUAAUCAACUUAAAUUUGAUGACAAAGAACUUAAAUUUAGUAAUGAAGCUAAACUUCCAAAAAGUGAUGGAGGUACUAAUGAUGGUGUUAAGGAUAUAACAAUAUAUACUUGCGGUGAUUCUGAUAAAAAACCAAUAUUAAUACAAUUUUCUGCUACUAUAGGAAAAUCAACCCGCUAUUAUUUCUACAAAUUAAAGGAUAAUAAUGAAUGGAAAAAUGAAAAAUUAGAAUGUACCAGUAUUAGUCAUCAAGUUGACGAUAAUCGUAUUGAAUAUUAUGAAACCUUUUGUGAUGGUGCCUUUCCCCCUUAUAAUACAGAAUAUGGUAAACAAAAAUGUAGUGAGCAAAAAUGA